AUUAACAACAAAUUCACAUCUCUCUCUCUCUCUCUCUUGUUGCUUAUCCAUUUCCUCUCUAGAAUUUCUUAAAUCGAUUACUCCCGAAUUCGAGAGCAGAGUCGUUUUUUUUUUAAUUCCAACUCUUUUCUCUCUUGUUCUGAAUUCGUGGUUCAUCGAUAUUCACACACAAAAAAAAAAGACAUGACAGGCUUCUCUGUGUCUCUUUUCGUCUCAAACUUGUCAAAUGUGGCCUCGUAUUUGUCCCCCAUCUUCGAGAACAUCCCCUCCACCAAGGUUGUUCCCGCACAGAUCGACAAAGUUGUCUCUUUGGUCUCUCGUACCGGUCGCGAUUUGCAGCGUUACGAUAACGCUGGCUAUCGUCAAGUCGUCGGAUGUGUACCGUACAGAUACAAGAAACAACAAGUCAAUGGAAUUGAAACGCAAGAAAUCCAAGUUCUUCUUGUCAGUGCUCAAAAGGGCAAAGGAAUGUUAUUUCCAAAAGGAGGUUGGGAGACGGAUGAAUCAAUGGAGGAAGCUGCUUUGAGAGAGACAAUCGAAGAAGCGGGUGUAACGGGAGAGCUCGAAGAAAAGCUUGGGAAAUGGCAAUACAAAAGCAAAAGACAUAGCAUAAUUCACGAUGGACACAUGUUUGCUUUGCUUGUUAGUCAAGAGUUCGAGCGAUGGCCUGAGGCGGAAAUGAGACAACGCAGAUGGGUAAGUUUGGACGAAGCAAGAGAAGUAUGUCAGAAUUGGUGGAUGAGAGAAGCUCUUGAAGCAUUCAUUAACCUGAAAUGUCUCGCUGACGAUGAUGUAAGCGGGAACUGAAUUAGUAGUACUCAGAUGAAGAAUACGGUGUUUAGAGUUGGUGAAACAGAGCUUUUGACUUAGAAACCCUCUACACGGAGCUGAAGCUUCCUAAGGGAUUCAUUUGGUCACAGCAUCUCUCUGUCUCUUGAGAGGUGUUGAAAAGUUUUGAUUGUUAGAUGAAAGUCAACUUUUGUCUUCUAAUUUUAUUCAUUCUUUUGUAUUUGAUGAUUCGUUCAUUCUUUUAUUGUGAAUAAAAGUGCUAGACAUGU